AUAGACUCUUUUUUCAGGUCUGAAAUUCCAUCAACCUCCUCCUCUCUCUUGUCAAGAGUCUAAGCCAAGUUGCAAUAGAGAAUAAAGGAAAUGGAGAAUGGGCAAGAGCAGGAGAGAUGGGUGGGUUAUGUGGAUUGGAGGAAUAGACCAGCUUUCAGAGGCAAACAUGGAGGAAUGUUUGCAGCCUCUUUUGUUCUGGUUGUGGAGGUAAUGGAGAAUUUAGCAUUUCUAGCAAAUGCCAGCAACUUAGUCACCUAUCUGAUGGGCUUCAUGCACUUCUCGCCGUCGCACUCCGCCACCACCGUCACCAACUUCAUGGGCACCGCCUUCCUCCUCGCCCUUCUCGGCGGUUUCUUAUCCGACGCCUUCUUCACCACCUAUGUCGUAUAUCUCGUUAGUGCUCUCAUCGAGUUUCUGGGACUAGUAAUCCUGACGAUCCAAGCGAAAUCCCCGUCGCUGAAGCCCCCAGCAUGCGAGCCCUCGUCCCCGUCGCGAGCGGCGGGGCCGUGCGAGGCCGUGUCCGGGGCCGAGGCGGCGAUGCUGUUCGGGGGGCUCUACCUCACGGCGCUGGGCGUGGGCGGGAUCAAGGGCUCGCUCCCGGCGCACGGGGCGGAGCAGUUCGACGAGGGCUCGCCGCGGGGCCGCGCCGCGCGGUCCACCUUCUUCAACUACUUCGUCUUCUGCCUCUCCUGCGGGGGGCUCGCCGCGGUCACCUUCGUCGUCUGGGUCGAGGACAACAAGGGCUGGGAGUGGGGGUUCGGGAUCUCCACCAUCGCCAUCUUGCUAUCCAUCCCCGUGUUCCUCGCCGGCUCGAGGCUUUACAGGAACAAGCUCCCCACGGGGAGCCCCCUCACUCUCAUCGCCAAGGUCCUAGUCGCCGCCGCGCUCAACUGUCGAACCACACAACCUCCGAGCAACGCCAUUGUCGACCGGCCGUUGAGCCCCGAGAACAGAACCGAAACAAAUGACCACAAGCAAGAAGAGCGGGAAAAUGGAGAUCAUAAGAACACAACCAUAUCAUACGCCCCAUCCGAAGAGCUCAAGUUCCUGAACCGAGCCGCGCAAAACCUCCCCCGUCACUUGCCGCUCGCGUGCACCGCAGAAGAAGUAGAAGAGGUGAAGGUAGUGUUAAAGAUCCUCCCCAUAUUCCUCUCCACCAUCAUGCUCAAUUGUUGCUUGGCCCAACUCUCCACGUUCUCCGUCGAACAAGCCGCGACCAUGGACACGCGCGUCGGCCGCCUCACCGUCCCGCCCGCGUCCCUCCCGAUAUUCCCCGUCACCUUCAUCAUGAUCCUCGCCCCGGUCUACGAUCACAUUGUCCUCCCCUUCGCGCGGCGGGUGACGAAAACCGAGGUGGGGAUAACCCACCUCCAGCGUAUCGGCACCGGGCUGGUCCUCUCCAUUGUCUCCAUGGCCAUUGCGGCCUUAGUCGAAGUCAAGCGGAAGAACGUGGCUCAAAAUGCAGGGCUCGUCGACUCGUUAGAGCCGUUGCCGAUUUCAUUCUUCUGGAUUGCUUUGCAGUAUCUGUUUCUGGGAUCAGCGGAUUUGUUCACAUUGGCGGGGUUGUUGGAGUUUUUCUUCAGCGAGGCGCCUGCAAGGAUGAGAUCGCUUGCGACCGCACUUUCAUGGGCGUCGCUUGCGAUGGGGUAUUAUCUCAGCUCGGUGCUCGUCUCGAUCGUGAACAGCGCGACUGGGCGCGGGUCACAUUGGCCGUGGUUGAAGGGUAGUAACUUGAAUCACUAUAGGUUGGAGCGGUUCUACUGGUUGAUGUGUGUGUUGAGCUCCUUGAACUAUUUGUUCUACUUGUUCUGGGCGCUGAGGUACAAGUAUAGGAGAGGUGGGGUUAGAGGAUGAUAAUAUAGUCUUAGAUUUGUUAAUGCGGAUGUGAUCGAUCGCUGAUUAGAGAAGGUGGUUGAUUAGUGAUUAUGAUUAGUGUUGCCGCUUUUUUAUUGUUGUUUGCAUAUAUAUAGUUAGCGAACUCCCAAAAAGAAGAGAUGUUGAUUUAGAAGAGAAAGUGAGUAUAAAAUCAUAAACGAUUUGGACU